CGUCUCUUUACAUCCAUCCACGUUACCCUUCAACCUCGAUACUCUGGUAGGCUCCUGUAUCCCGAGAAGGAUCUUGCUUCCCAUGAUGCAUAGUCGCCGCAUGAUAUUCGAGCUCAAGAUCUAGCUAAAUCGGGAACGAAUAACAAAAUCUAUUUGUCCGUGUCGGACGCUUCUCACUCUGGCCAGGUCUAGCGCCGGUGGUCAGUGCCGCCGAUAUGGUGAACAAUGGAGCUUCAGGAGCUUGCCAGGCAUGCAAACAGAGGCACAAGAAGUGCGAUGAGACUCGUCCGGUAAGAUUACGGUCUUCUGGUGCGAAGAUCUCGACAGAACUUUGCUCUGUCCAGCUCCCCAUUUUUGCUGACUUGCUCUAUGAAAGUCGUGCCUUAGAUGUAGCAGAGCACGCCGAAGCUGUCCAGGUUACAACACUAGCAAGGACUUGAAAUUCGUAAAUUAUGCUGCAGAUGUCACUGAACCAAAACAUCUCUCAUCAACGAAUGUCACCACAUUUUCGUCGAAGAGUCCUGAGUCUUUUGAGGACUGGUCACGAAUCGAAGAAUUUGCUCGGCAACAAUUCUUCGAUGACUACCGUGUUCACUCACCAGAUCAAUCCGUAUCUCGCGGUUAUCUGAAUGGGCUUCCAGACAUGAUAUCUAAGGCUGGUCCGAAGUCCGAUGUUACGAAAGCAUGCACGACUAUUGCCUUGGCAGUUCUGGGGAAGAAGAUCUCAGACCAGGGUAUCUUCGAUAGGGCCCAACGGAUGCACACGUCUCUGCUGCGGUCUUUCAGCUUGAGUAUCUCAACUGGAGACACAUUCAUUAGCGUCGAGUCGCUUAUCACAGCUACAUUGCUGGGAUUGUACGAGAUUAUCAUCAACACCGAUUUUUACAACGGUGCACACAUUGCGCACGCCCAGGGAGUCGCGGCAAUCCUGACCAGCAAAUCUUCCCCCUUUGAUCUCGUUUGCGGAGGAAAACUCUUCCGGGCCCUGAACAACGACCAAGUUGAUGACUGGUUUCCUUCCAAGCUUCCAAACUGGCAACACACUCCUCCCAAUCCUAAAACAGUCACAUCGAAGUUUAGCAUACUGUGCACUCCCUUAUCAAGGCAUGAGGUCGUCACCAUUGAUGAAAUAUUUGCGAAAACAGAACCCCUGUUCAGGAGAGCGGAAGCACUGCUGGCUCGGGAUGCAACACUUGAUGAGCUCUAUGCUGUCAUGCGAGACGCCGAGAGCCUCAGGGAUGAGUAUAAUAUAUGGAUAGAGAAGCUUCCAGAGCAAUGGAAGCCGAGACUCGUCGGAACCAUCGCGGCAGAAGAUGGAGCAAAAACACAAGUCGGAUACUGGCCUGGAACGAUCACAAAAUAUCACGACCCGUACAUUGCCACCAUCUGGAACAGCUACCGCAAAGCCCGCCUUCUUGUUAUCAAUAUAAUCAUGGACUGCUACAACCGAAUCUGCACGUUCCCUGAGCAUGAAGACAUCGACCCUGCGAUCUAUGCCGACAUCGAUGACCUCAUCACAGGCCUUCUUCUAUCCAUUCCAUUUGUCCUCUCCAGCGACGUACAGUCGUUCGUACAGAAUGCUGCGACGAGAGCCCCACUAAUCCCAGGCAAGUCUGUUGGUGGCCUCAUGCUCACACAUACAUUAUAUGUGCUGUCAGUUCUGCCUAUCAUCGAUCCAAGCAUCCAGGUGUAUAUGAGGGAGUGUAUUGCGUGGAUCGGAGAACACAUGAGAAUUGGUCAGGCGGUUAUCUUGUCGAAGUGCGCAACGGAUGAUCUCUUCGACUAUGUUACAGAAGCGCAUGUGUUGCUGUGGGCAGGCAUGUUGAUCUAGAGACUGCGCGCAGUAAAUUUUGCACCCACCUCGGAAUGAACAUGAGGAUCAUGGAGAUAUUGAAAUGUUCUUUAUUCCCGUGAAACAUGUUCUGGACUGACCCUCAGCCAGACACUGUCACUAAUGAUAGCAUCGAGCGAGUCCCCCCAACCCAAAAAUAUUGACAAAAUAUAAAAUUCUACAACCCAAGCUCCAGUUGCACGAUUUGGACACCUGCAGCAUCAGAUCCUCAGGACAAUUGAGUUUAGGCCAGGACCUAGGCGGAACAUGUACGCAACUCAGGAACCAACUCAUCACCCACCAGACCACGCUGCUGCUCACCUCGCCGGCGCAUCGCCAGCCAUCGGAUAAACCCAACGUUCCCACAACACCCGCAUGCAAAGCCCAACCUUCUUGAUAAAUCCAAAUAACGCGUUUCUCAGCAUCACAUAGCUUAUACUCUAGUAUCUGUAGGAUGUGCACAUGCACUUACAGAGGCCCAGCCCAUCUGGGAUUGCUGAGGCUUACACACUUAUGAGACAAGGGUGACAAAGUAAUAGGGGUAUUUUGGUUUGCGCCUCGACAAUGGUGGUCUAUCGGUAUGACCAGAGGUCCGUCCCCGAGGAGUAAUGUAUACAUUUUGCUUGUUUGGGAUUCUUCGAUUUUUAAAUGGUAGUGGUUGGGGUGAAUUUUUGAUGUUUUGGUGUUUGUUGAUUUUUCGCGGGGUUAAUUUCAACAAAGUUUUAAGCGAGCACAACAAACCUCAGCAAUAAAUAUCUUAAACACAGGCAGCUCGCGCAACUAUGAGUCGAAGCAUGUUUCAGACCUCUUUUGAAAGUCUGAAGAUACGGUGAGGUAAUGUUCAAGCUGCCAUGACCCAAGGAGUACCGUGUCAUAUUGCUGGGCCUGCAAGCAGCAGCACGCAUUCAAAGAUUAUGCAUCGGCAUGAAAGAGUGUAUCUCGGAUAGUAUCAAAUGAU